AUGGGGUCGGUGGUGAUGUCAGCUACCUACCCCACCCAUCUUGAAACAGGGACCAAGAAGUCUAACACUGGGGAGAGCACGGUUUGGUGCGUGUGUGUGUCUCCCGCCGCCUGUGCGCUCGCGGCCGAGCGAGCUGGAGCCAUGCUGAGGGGCUGCGCCGCGCACUUGCGUGCGCUCGGGGCCCUGCGCUUCCCGCGGGGAGGCGGAAUCCCGGCACCCGGCGAGCUGAAGCCAUUUUCUUCUGAGAAGAUGGUUUACAAGGACCGUUCUAUCCCUAACCCCAGCUGGAACAAGGACAUAAGGCUCCUCUUUGACCAGUUCAUGCAGAAAUGUGAAGACGGCCCCUGGACACGCUUGCCUUCAUAUAGACAUGGAUCUACUGAAAGUAUUCAAGAUUUCAAAACCUUGUUUCACGAUGGACAGAUCACAAAAGAAGGCCACAUAAGACAGACCAAUGUCUUCACCAGAAGCUUUGAGGAUGGCCUGGGCUUUGAAUACGUGAUGUUUUAUAAUGAUGUGGAGAAAAGGGUGGUUUGCUUGUUUCAAGGAGGCCCUUACCUACAAGGAGCACCUGGAUUCCUCCAUGGAGGUGCCAUUGCAACCAUGAUUGAUACUACUCUUGGUAUGGCUGCUACUAAGGCUGGGGGGAUUGUCAUGACUGCCAAUCUCAACAUCAAUUUUAAAAGACCGAUCCCUCUUUGUUCUGUUGUUGUAAUAAACAGCCAACUUGAUAAAGUCGAAGGAAGGAAAUUUUUUGUUUCCUGUAAUGUUCAAAGUGUUGAUGAGAAGACCCUGUACUCAGAAGCAACAAGCUUAUUUAUAAAGCUGGAUCCUGAUAAAAGUCUGUGAUAAGAGCUGCUGGUGAAUUCCACACCAUUCUGCAUAAGGUGCUCCCUCCAGAGGAAGCAGUCGUCCACCCUCCUGCUCUGCUCACCCACUGCUGAACCCUCAGAGAGAAAGCCCGCUCACACUGACCUCCCUGAACAGUCUCCUGAAUAAAACUCUAGGAGCUCAGUUUCCACUUUCUAAACUUUUUAACACAGAAACGCUCCCAGCAAGAGUAUCAGCAGUUCUUCAUGUCUCCUUAGGGCAACGGUUCUCAACCUUCCUAAUGCCUCCUAAUGCCAUGACACAUUAAUACAGUUCCACAUGUUGUGGUGGCCUCCAACCUUAAAAUUAUUUUCCUUGCUACUUCAUAACUGUAAUUUUGCUACUGUUAUGAAUCGUAAUGUAAAUAUCUGAUAUGCAGGAUGUAUUUUCAUUGUUACAAAGGGGUCAUGACCCACAGGUUGAGAACCACUGCCUUCAGGUAUGUGUGUCUGGUUCUCCUGAGAUUCACAUGGUUCCUUACAGCUGCACAAGUAUAAAGUCUGUCCCACUGCACAUGGAGUAGAAACACUGUGUUGAAACUUUAGUUUUUGUUUUGUUUUUUAGGCAGUCUUAUUCCGUUGCCCAGGCUAGAGUGUCAUGGUGUCAACAUAGCUCACAGCAACCUCAAACUCCUGGGGUCAAGUAAUCCUCUUGUCUUGGCCUCCUAGAGUGCUAGGAUUACAGGUAUGAGCCACUGUGCCCAGCCCCAUGUUGAAACUUUUACUGCAAACACGGAAAUGCUACAAACCAAAUGAAGGAAUAAUAAUGCAGAUGUUACAAACCUAGCUUUGUUGAAACUGAACAAACAUCUUUUUGGUCAGAGUGGGAAACACAGCUAGUUCCUACAGGAAUGAAUACCUCAGGUCUGUCUUCUGGGAUUCUAAUAUGCACCAUUUCUGUCACAGGCUGUGCUGUUGCGUCUUUCCCCACAGUAUAGCCAUCAUCACAGAAGGGGCCUAUGUUAGUUUCCUAGGGGUGCUGAAACAAAGUGCCACAAAAACUGGGCAGUUUAAACCAGCAAUAACUCCUUGUCUAACAGUUCUGGAGGCCACAAGUCCAAAAUCAAGGUGUCAGUAAAGCCAUUUUCGUGAAGGUGCUAGGGAUGGAGCUGUUCUGUACUUCUCCUGGUUCCUGGCAGCUUUCUUGGCUUACAGCUGCAUCACUCCAGCCCUGCGUCUUCACAUGUGACCCCUGUGUGCCUUCACACCAUCUUCCCUGCGUCUUCACGUGUGACCCCUGUGUGCCUUCACACCAUCUUCCCUGCGUCUUCACGUGUGACCCCCGUGUGCCUUCACGCCAUCUUCCCUGCAUCUUCACGUGUGACCCCUGUGUGCCUUCACACCAUCUUCCCUGCGUCUUCAGGUGUGCCUUCACGCCAUCUUCCCUGCAUCGUCACAUGUGACCCCUGUGUGCCUUCACACCAUCUUCCCUGCGUCUUCAGGUGUGAACCCUGUGUGCCUUCACACAUCUUCCCUGCGUCUUCACAAGUGAGCCUAUGUGCCUUCGCACCAUCUUCCCUGCGUCUUCACGUGUGAGCCUGUGUGCCUUCGCACCAUCUUCCCUGCGUCUUCACGUGUGAGCCUGUGUGCCUUCGCACCAUCUUCCCUGCGUCUUCACGUGUGAGCCUGUGUGCCUUCGCACCAUCUUCCCUGCGUCCUCACCUGUGACCCCUGUGUGCCUUCGCACCAUCUUCCCUGCGUCCUCACCUGUGAGCCCUGUGUGCCUUCGCACCAUCUUCCCUGCGUCCUCACCUGUGACCCCUGUGUGCCUUCGCACCAUCUUCCCUGCGUCCUCACCUGUGACCCCUGUGUGCCUUCACACCAUCUUCCCUGCGUCCUCACGUGUGACCCCUGUGUGCCUUCGCACCAUCUUCCCUGCGUCCUCACGUGUGACCCCUGUAUACCUUCACACCAUCUUCCCUGCGUCUUCACAUGUGACCCCUGUGUGCCUUCGUACCAUCUUCCCUGCGUCUUCACAUGUGACCCCUGUGUGCCUUCACACCAUCUUCCCUGCAUCUUCACAUGUGACCCCUGUGUGCCUUCGCUCCAUCUUCCUUCUGUGCGUAUCUGUGUCCAGAUUUCCCCUUGUCAUAAGAACACCAGUCAUAUUGGUGGGGCCCACCUGAAGGGCCUCAUUUUAACUUGAUUAUCUCUGUAAAGACAGUAUUCCAAAUAAGGUCACAUUAUGAGGUGCUGGAGAUUAGGACUUCAACUUUUGGGAAGGCACAAUUCAGGUAAGAUUAAAAAUGUAUGAAUGGGCUCGGCACCUAUGGCUCAAGUGGCUAAGGCACCAGCCACAUACACCUGAGCUGCCAAGUUCGAAUCCAGGCCCUGCCCACCAAACAACAAUGAUGACAACUACAACCAAAAGAAAAAAGAUAGCUGGGCACUGUGGCAGGUGCCUAAUAGUCCAGCUACUUGGGAGGCUGAGGGAAGAGAAUCGCUUAAGCCCAAGAGUUUGAGGUUGCUGUGAGCUGUGACAUCACGGCUCUCUACUGAGGGUGACAGCUUGAGACUCUGUCUCUAAAUAAAUAAAUAAAUAAAUUUCUUUUAAAAAUUAAAAAAAUAAAAAUGAAUGAAUGGGGAAACUAAUGUUCUAGAAAACAUAUUCCCUCUGCUUCCUAAUUCAGGCAAUAGAUUUUCUGGGCUUCAGUUUCUUGCCUUUCUUUCCCUUAACUGAAAGUUUAAGUCAAACCAUAUGAAAUCAUUUUCGAAGGUCAGAACGGUCAAAUAUUGUCAGUUUUCUAUGGUCUAACGUAGUAACUCAAGGAAAGCCUGGUAAUACCCUGUCCAUCAUCCUUCCACACAGAAAGUCAGCUGAAGCGCUGGGAUGGCUAAGCCAGAAGAAGACCCAAGUCCUGGGGGCUGUGUCUCCAGGGCCUCGCUGCAGGAACACUACCAGUAGAUGAGAGGCCCAGCAGAAGGAUGGGGUACACUACACAGGUGAAGCUGGUAGUUCCUUCUCCUUAGAAACUGAUAAGCUUGGGAAAGUGCCUGGCAAAUGGCUGAGCUCAGCUCUGCAAUUUACAUGUCUGGCAAUAGCCACUCUUUAUCCACAGCCUGCCUUCUAACUAAUCCUGGAACUACAGAGAUAGUGGGCUGUCGUGACAACUCUAUCCCAAGUAUUGAAGAAGGUGAAGCUGAGGCAAAGAGCCAGCACUGCUGUUUUCAAUUUUUUUCUUUGUUUUUUUUUUUCUUCUUCUUUUUUUGAGACGGAGUCUCACUCUGUCACCCUGAGUCGGGUACCAUGGUGUCAUAGCUCACAGCAAUCUCAAACUCUCAUACUCGAGCAAUUCUCUUGUCUCAGCCUCCCAAGUAGGUGGGACUACAGGCACCAGCCACAAUGGUGGGCUAGUUUUUCUAUUUUUAGGAGAGACGGGGUCUCGCUCUUGCUCAAGCUAGUCUCGAACUCCUAAGUUCAAGGGCUCCACCUGCCUUGUCCUCCCAGAGUGCUGGGAUUACAGGCAUGAGCCACCAUGCCCAGCCUUCUGUCUAGUUUAACUUAAUUCAUAGGAAGUUUCAACAUGAAUUUUGAACAUGUGGCUACUUUGAUCACUGGUUUAUCUGACAGGCUUGCUAAACUACACUAGCUGAUCAGACCCAAGGCAGAAGAACCACCUGAGAAUGUCAAUGACCAGUUUUCUUCUUCCUGUUAAGUGUGCUCAUCCCCCUUUCCAUCCACUUUUUGUGGUUUUAGUUCUUUUUUUAUUAUUAUUAUUGUUAAAUCAUAGCUGUGUACAUUAGUGCAAUCAAGGGGUACAAUGUGCUGGUUUCAUAUACAAUCUGAAAUAUUCUAAUCAAACUGUUCAACAUAGCUUUCAUGAGAUUUUCUUAGUUAUUGUAUGUAGACAUUUGUAUUCUGCAUUUAGUAAGUUUUGCCUGUACCCAUUCUAAGAUGCACUGUAGGUGUGGCCCCACCAAUUACCCUCCCGCCACCCCAACCUCCCCUCUCCCUUCCCCUCCCUUGGCCCUUUCCCCAUAUUCUUGUGCUAUAGUUGGGUUAUAGCCUUCAUAUGAAAGCUAUAAAUUAGCUUCAUAGUAGGGCUGAGUACAUUGGAUACUUUUUCUUCCAUUCUUGAGAUACUUUGCUAAGAAGAAUAUGUUCGAGCUCCAUCCAUGUAAACAUGAAAGAGGUAAAGUCUCCAUCUUUCUUUAAGGCUGCAUAAUAUUCCGUGGUAUACAUGUACCAGAAUGUUUAUUGCAGCCCAAUUCAUAAUUGCUAAGUCAUGGAAGAAACCCAAGUGCCCAUCGACCCACAAAUGGAUUAACAAAUUCUGGUACAUGUGGUUUUAGUUCUUGUUUGAUCACACCCAGGGCCUGUGCAGCACAAGUAAGAUGCUACACAAGAGCCACCUUGUGGUCACUGUUAACACAGCCAGUGAGGAAAAAUGGUGUCCCUGCAGACACAGCCCAUUGAUGAGCUUCUCCAAGCCUUGGCAUUCUUACCCCCAUCAGCUGUAUUUUGACAAAUACGUAAAAUGGCAAAAGUUGGCUACAGAGAAAGAAGUGAGGUACCAUCAGAAUUGUGGCCCAUGGAACCAGAAAAAAAGCCCAUAUGGCCAAGACAAUUCUUAGUAAUUAAAAAUAAACACAGAGGUAUCACCCUACCAGACUUAAGGCUAUAUUACAAGUCCACAGUAAUCAAAACAGCAUGGUAUUGGCACAAAAAUAAAGAUGUAAACAUAUGGAACAGAAUAGAAAACCAAGAGAUAAACCCAGUCUCUAGUUGCCAUCUGAUCUUUGAUAAACCAAACAAAAGCAUACGGUGGGGAAAAGAAUCCUUAUUCAACAAAUGGUGCUGGGAGAACUGGAUAACCACAUGUAAAAGACUGAAACUCGACCCACACCUUCCACCACUUACAAAAAUUGAUUCAAGAUAGAUAAAAGAUUUAAAUCUAAGACAUGAAAUGAUAAAAGUCAUAGAAGAAAGUGUGAGAAAAACUCUUGAUGAUGUUGGUCUGGGGAAAGAUUUCAUGACAAAGACUUUGUGGCAAUUGCAACGAAAAUAAACAAAUGGGACUUAAUUAAGCUGAAAAGCUUCUGCAUAGCUAAGGACAUAACAAAUGAAGCAAACAGACAACCUUCAGACAUUUGCAGGGUAUGGCUCUGACGAAGGGUUGAUAACUAGAAUCUAUAGGGAACUCUAAUUAAUCAACAAAAAAAGAUCAAAUAAUCCCAUCUACCACUGGGCAAGAGAUAUGAACAGAAACUUCUCUAAUGAAGACAGAUGAAUGGCUAACAAACAUUUGAAAAAAAUGCUCAUCGGCCAUGAUUAUCAGAAGUGCAAACCAAACCACCCUGAGAUAUCACCUAACCCCACAUCACAAAGUCUCAAAGCUGUAGAUGCUGGCGUGGAUAUGGAGGGAAGGGAACACUUUUCCACUGUUGGUGGGGCUGCAAACUAAUACAACCUUUUUAAAAGGAAGUAUGGAGAAUCCUCAGAUCCUCAAAUUAGACCUCCAACCUCCCAUCUGAUCUUGCAAUCCCAUUACUAGGCAUCUACCCAAGGAAAAAAAUAAUUGUAUCGUAAGGACAUUUGCAAUGGACUGUUUAUCGCAGCUUAAUGUACAAUUGCCAAAAUGUGGAAACAACUUAAAGGCCCACUGAUCCAGGAAUGGAUUAACAAGCUGUGGUAUGUGUAUACCAUGGAAUACUCUUUAGCCAAUAAAAAAAAAGGAGACUUUACAUCUUUUGUAUUAACAUGGAUGGAGGUGGAACACAUUCUUCUUAGUAAAGCAUCACAAGAAUAGGCAAGAAUCUAACAUACUCAAUUCUAAUAUGAAGGCAGUAGAUAAGCUAAUACAAGGGGUGGGGUAGGGGAAAUAGGUAAUGGGGAGAGAGAAGAAGGGAGGGGGAAGGGGGUCACAGUGUAUGGCACACCUCUUGAGCACCGGACACAGUAUAAAAGGGAUUUUAUAUAACAAAUGCAGUCCGUGCAACCUAAUUCUUUGUACCCUCAAUGAAUCCCAAACAAUAAAAAAAAAAUGGAGAAGCAAGAAUCCAAUGCACUCAAUUCUAAUAUAAAGCCAGUAGAUGAUCUAAUAUAUACCCACAUAAGGGAAAAACUCCAAUCAAUUCCAGGUGGGGGCUGGGAAAGGUGAGAGCAGGGAGAUGGGAGGAGGGAAAGGGAUGGAUGUGCUCCUACUUAAUGGACACAAUGUUAGGGUGUAUGGCACUCCUCUUGGGGGCAGGACACAAUUAGACGUGGGACUUUACCUAUCAAAAGAAGAAAAAGAACCGUGGCCCACUCCACUUCAGCUCCAGCUUGCUGUGUGACCUGAUGGAACUACUCCUCAUGGCCUGUUUCCCCCCCCCAUUACAUUGCAUGGGAAAUAAUGUUUUGAAUGCAGAUAAGGAUUUGAUUCUGGUUAGUGUUAAAUAGUUUGGAACAGUUAGUACAGACAAAAUUAGGCAUUAAUAAAAUUAAGAUUUUUAACGGGUGGCGCCUGUGGCUCAGUGAGUAGGGCGCCAGCCCCAUAUACCGAGGGUGGCAGGUUCAAACCCAGCCCCGGCCAAACUGCAACCAAAAAAAUAGCCAGAUGUCGUGGCAGGCGCCUGUAAUCCCAGCUGCUCGGGAGGCUGAGGCAGGAGAAUCGCGGAAGCCUAGGAGCUAGAGGUUGCUGUGAGUCCUGUGACAUCAUGGCACCCUACCGAAGGCGGUAAGGUGACAUUCUGUCUCUACAAAAAAAAAAAAAAAAGAUUUUUUACAUUAAUAUAAUGUUUAAUAUUAGCAUAAUGUUAACAUAAUAUUAAUAAUAUUAAGAUUUUUCCCUAAUGGGAAGAUUGAAUGAAACAUAUAAAGGAAUUUAAAAAAAUCCUUUUGUUUUGUUAAGGAGUUCAUGUCCCCCUGUUUAUGUUCCCCCCCAUUACCUUCUCAGGACCCUUAGCCCUGCCUCUACUGGGAAGUUGGGAGGCCAAACUAUUGUCCUGCCUAAUAACUGGCCAUCAUGGACCCUAGACAGAAGUAUAUUUUUCAGUGUCAAGUACAAAACAUUCUCACAGUAUUUCUUGGUCUGGCACUACUAUGGCCAGUAGAAUUACAGAAUUGGUUUAUUCCAACGAUUAUUAAUGGUAGAUUUAAAAUUAAGUAGGCUGCAAAGAUACAAGACAAAAGAAGACAAAACUAUAAACCAAUGUCCCUUAUGAAUAUAGAUUCAAAAAUUCUCAAAAAGAUCCUAGCAAACCAAAUCUAAUAGCAUAUUAAAAAGAUUAUACACUGUGACCAGGUGGGAUUUAUCUCAGAAAUGCAAGGCUGUUUCUUUUAUUAUUAUUAUUAUCAUUAUUAUUAUUAUUAUUAAGACAGUCUCACUCUGUUGCACUGGGUAGUGUGCUAUGGCAUCACAGCUCACAGCAACCUGCUCAACUAAUCCUCUUGUCUCAGCCUCUUGAGUAGCUGGAACUACACACACCAGCCAUGAUGCUGGCUGGUUUUUCAAUUUGUUGUAGAGACGGGAGUCUCUCUCUUGCUUAGUGUGGUCUUGACCUCCUGAGCUCAAGCAAUCCACCUGCCUCAGCCUCCCAGAGUGGGAGUAUCUGUUUUGAGUUCAGGGAGUGCAUAUAGCUGAGGAAGUACCUGAGAAUCCAGGAAUGGAGAAUAAAUGAAACCUUUAAGGUCUUUUGCUUGGGCAAUUUAGUUUUUUCCAUUUGUCUUUUAACUCCCUAAAACCUUCAAACCAAAAUUCCCCCUCAUCCCACAUUGAUACCUUAAAUCUCAAACUCUCAAUCCAAGUUUAAACCAUUCCCUGAAGGAAAGGAAAUGAGAAAAAGGAACAAAUGGCUUUGGAGGGAAUGGGGGUUGGUUUUUUAAACAUCUUUACACAACUCUAUCAAGUCAAUUCUAGAUAGGGCACAGAUCUUAAAGGACUAGAUAGUAAAUAUUUCAGGCAUGUAGUUGUGCCUGUGUCAGUUGCAACUAUUUGACUUUGACACUGUAGCACAAAAGUAGCUGCAGUGGCCAAGUACCAUGGCUCACUCCUGUAAUCCCAGCGCUCCAGGAUACUGAGUCGGUGGGUCACUUGAGUGCACAAGUUUGAGACCUGCCUGAGCAAAAGCAAAGCCCUCUCUACUAAAAAUAGAAAAAUUAUCCAAACUUAGUGGUAGAUGCCUGUAGUCCCAGCUACUUGGGAGGCUGAGGCAAGAGGAUCACUUGAGCCCAAGAGUUGGAGGUUGCUGUGAGCUGUGAUGCUACAGCACUCUACUGAGGGUGACAAAAUGAGACUCUGUCUCAAACAAACAAAACAAAAAAAGCAGCCACAGACAUUACAUAAAUUAAAAACUGGGUAUGGCUAUGUUCCAAUAAAACUUUAUUUGUAAAAACAGCUGCUUGGCCCACAGGAUAUAAUUUGACAACCCUUGAGUUAGAUCUGAAGGGGGGUUUUGUUGUUGUUG